CACCUCUUCCUCUGGCUGUAAAAGUGUCUGUAUAUCUGAGUCAAUAAGAAGUUUAGCCUCCUGUCCGCCCUGUGACAGCUUCAACAGCGAGGAGACCCUAUCUGCCUGCCCGUCUGCGCUCGUCUCAGCCGGGCUGACAUUAUUUAAAUCUAAAAGGGUUUUCAUCCAGGAUUAUGCCACCAAAGAGACGAGCUGCUUCUGCUGCCAAGGCAGGUGGGAAGAAGGUGAAGCAGGAGCCCGAGACACCAAAGCCAAAGGAUGCCUUCACCUCUGCAAAAGAGGCCCUUCUGGCUACAGGGCCACAGGUAAACCUGAAGAGGAAGAUUGAUGAGCACUGCUCAGUGUCUGGAGAGAUACACGAGGACUAUGACUGCAUGCUCAAUCAGACCAACAUUGGGCAUAACAACAAUAAGUUUUAUGUCAUUCAAGUUAUCAAAGGAAAAAACAGUUACUAUACAUGGAACAGAUGGGGGAGAGUGGGGGAAUUGGGACAAUCCAAACUAUCAGACCCGUUUAAUAAUCCUGAGAAGGCUGUCAAGGACUUUGAGAAAAAGUUUAAGGACAAGACCAAGAACAACUGGAGCGAUCGGUCAAAUUUUGUGUUUCACUCUGGGAAGUACACUCUGAUUGAGGUGGAUGGAGAGCAGGAUGCUGAAGUCAAGGUGGACGCUGUCGAUGAAAAGAGUGUCAAAGUCACUAAAAAUGUCCAAGCUUGCACCCUCGACAACUCGACCAAGAAGCUCAUCGAGCUCAUUUUCAGCAAUGACAUGUUCAAGGAGGCGAUGGAAUGUAUGAACCUAGACAUCAAGAAGAUGCCUUUGGGUAAACUCAGUAAGAUUCAGAUUGCAAAGGGCUUCGAAGUGUUGGAGGAGAUUGAGGCAGCCAUAAACCAAAAAAGCAGAAGAGCAAAAAUGGAAGAACUUUCCUCAAAGUUCUUCACCGCGAUCCCACACAACUUUGGCCGGAACAGACCGCCAACCAUCGACGACAAAGAGAUUGUGGAGAAGAAGAAAGAGAUGCUUAUGGUGCUGGCUGACAUCGAGCUUGCCCAGACUCUGAAGUCAGAGACUGAAAAGGUUCAAGAAGAGAUGAUAGAGACGGUUCCUCACCCUCUAGACCAGGACUACAAUUCUCUCAAAUGCCCCCUCACUCUGAUGGACAAGGAUACAGAUACAUUCAAGAUCAUACAAAAAUACCUGAAAGCGACUUCAGAUGACUAUCAUAGACCAAAAAUUGUCAAUGUUUGGGACGUCAAUCGACAAACUGAGGGAGAGCGGUUUAGCGAGAAUUAUGGUCUUGAGAACCGCCGUCUGCUGUGGCAUGGUACAAACAUAGCGGUGGUGGCAGCUAUCCUUAAGAGCGGUCUGAGGAUCAUGCCCCAUUCAGGAGGCCGUGUUGGUCGCGGUAUCUAUUUUGCCUCUGAAAACAGAAAGUCUGCAGGUUACGUGCGCACCUCUAAAAAAACUGGAGUGAUGUUUCUGAGUGAGGUCGCCCUCGGCAAAGAAUGUACCAUCACUAAAGACAAUGGCUCCUUGAAGAAGGCGCCCGCAGGCUACGAUAGUGUGGUCGCACGAGGAAACGUCGAGCCAGAUCCAUCCAAGGACGUCUUCAUCACCCUGGAGGGUAAGAAGGUUUCUGUGCCUCAGGGUGAGUCCAUCGAACAGCCCCAGUUCUCAAAGAGCAGCUUCCGCAGCAGUGAAUAUCUCAUCUACAAAGAGAGCCAGUGUCGCCUUCGCUACUUGCUGCAGCUUAACAUGUACUAAUUCAACUCAAGGAAAGAAGAAGGUCAUCUGAUAGAGGAACGUUCCUCAUUCCCUCUAUAUAAGGGACUUCUUAAAAAAGCUUGGCUAUGUUGCUUUCUUAUAAUGAUAUGGUUAUUUUCUUAAUUCUUAUUACAGUUAUUGUUUGUGCAUAUGUCCCUAUCAUGACUCAUAAAUGAUUUCCCUGUGCCUAUGUUUUGCACACUGUAAAACUAUCCUGAGUGGGAUAGACUGCACUUCCAUUAUAACACAUGCUCCAAUGAAAUAAUGACAUCUUCACUUCUUUAAAUGUCUCAAAGGACUAUAGAUAUUUGCACAGUUUUGCUUUCAAACUACGUGCUGCACUUUGUUAUACUUGAUAUCUCAAUUCUGGUUUGAGUAGCUUACUUUUUACAUACUGCAUUAUUUAAUCCAAGUGACAACGCUUGUAUAAACCUGUCCCUCAGAGAGAAACAUCUUUAAAGACUUUGCCGCAUGCCUUUGCCGUUAUAGACAUUUGACUAAUGUUAUAUAGCAGAGCCCGAGUAUAAAUGGUACUCUAUGCAUAGAUAUAUUUACAGUUAGAAGUAUGAAGUGCAAUUUGUGGCUAAUAUUCAAGCACUUUUACUAAUCUAAUAUUUAAAGGAAGACUCUGAAAGUGCUUCUGCUAUGCAAAGUUAUGUCACAUGUAAGUCAUGGAACAGCUUGGUCAAAUGUCUUGCCCAGUAGAUCUUCUAGCUUUGUUCCAAAUGCCACCAUAUGGUGUCAGUAACGAGAGUCCCUUUGGAAUGUAACUGCAUUUUUGCACUAAGACAUCACUUGUACCAAUGAUUAGUUAAUAAACUAAAGUGCACUUCCA